AUGCAAGUCAAACACUACAGGUUAAUAUCAGAACUUUACACGCCUCAAAAUAAGUCUUCAUCUUCUGAAAACAUUUUUAGAGUCAAUAAAACUAAUACUUCAUAACCAAAAUUAUCAACUUUAAUUCCUUCUAGAGCAACACUCACUACAGGUUAAUCAUUCACUACAAAUGAAUCAGCCAUUAAAAUUUCAGCUAUCAUACCAAGAAAUAAUGAUGAAAGACCUUAUAGCAGACUUACUACUGGAUUUCAAAAGUAUAGAUCUUACUUAGAUUGCAAAAGAUUAACAUCAUAAACCAAAUAUAUGUAAACUCUUGAUGAUUGGGAAAUGAACACCAUCGAAGAAAUAUAAAUGAGAAGAACUUCCAAUAAAUAAACUAUUAAUUGCAAAUAAUUAUGUAAUAACAACAUUGAAAAUAAAAUGCAUUUUACAUCAUAAAAAAAACUCAAAAAAAAUACUAUGUAAAAAGUGAUUAUUAUCAAUCAUUAAGGAAAACCUAAAAUCUAUUAUUAUAUGGAAUGA